AGGCUUUUGCUUUGAAGGAUGGAUUAAGGGAAAAGUUCACAAUCGUGACGAAGUGUAACAUUGUACUGACAGGAGAGAGACGCCCUAAUCACAAAAUGCAUAUGUACAACACGAGCAAAGAGUAUAUCCUGAAAGCUGUCGAGCACUCUUUACAUGACCUGAAGAUCUCAACGCUAGAUGUAUUGCUUAUCCAUCGUGUCGACCCAUUGAUGGACCCAGCUGAGGUGGCCGAGACUUUUGCCGAGCUCAAAUCAUGCGGGAAGGUGAAAUACUUCGGUGUCUCCAACUUCAGCCCGAGAUUAUUCGAUACUCUAGAGGCAGCAUUGGCUCCGCACAACAUCCAUCUGGUUUGUAAUCAGGUCGAAAUUAGUCUGAAGCACCUUGACGCGCUCACAGAUGGGACCCUCGAUCAGUGUCUGCAGCUGUCGGUAGCACCCAUGGCCUGGUCUCCCUUUGGCGGAGGCGCAAUCUUUACCGACCAGGAUGAACAUAACAGCAAAAUACGGGACGCUUUGCAAACGGUAGCUGCUCAGCACGGAAACGUGUCAAUCGACGCUACCAUGCUCGCAUGGCUGAUGCGACACCCCGCCAAAAUCUGUCCAAUAAUUGGCUCUUCGAAGGUAGAACGAAUUGCACCUAGUGUAGCAGCUUGCGCCGUGAAGCUGACCCGAGAGGAAUGGUUCACCAUAUACGUGGCGGCCAGGAAUGGGGUAGACGUGCCCUAGUGUAUUACAGAUCGCCACUUGGGAAUUUUACAAAAGAUGGUGCACGAAAAAACAUAGCGUGACUCCUUACCUCAAGUUUGGCAACAAGCUUUUUUUUUUAAACACAUUAGUAGGAAAAUUACUUAGUUGACUUCUGUGAUUCAGGCGGUUAGAUUUUAUCAUGCCUGCGAGUAGAUAAAACUCGCAUAUAUUUUCUACUUGACACCUCAUUUGAAGUCUUACACGAGGGUAGUCUAUUUGGGCCACUCGCACUAAUUUAGUGGCGAGUUAAUCUCAUGCAAAGUUGUGCAAUAUGGCACAUUAAUAUUGAAUUUCAAUUUGACUUGAUUCUUAUUCAAAUCAAACGAAGCAGAAAAAUAUAGUGAAAGUAUAAAAAUCUACAGAUUCCUUAUUUAAUGUAUGAAUAAAAGAACGCAAGGUUGCAACUUAAAAACCAC